AAAUUAUUAUUGAUAAUCACCGCAGCAAGUUCGUCACUUGGGGUUGGAAUCGCUGUGCAAAAUAUGCAUUGACGUAUUUGCACUAUAUAUUUUUCGCGAAUAUUUUUCACUUUAUGUCAUCAACGAUCUUAAUUACACAAAAAAAAUACGAAUGGAAACCUGUUAGAUUUGUCAUUUUAAAUAUUCCAAACCUGUUUUACAUAAUUUAUUUAGUUGACUUUAAUUAAAGUGAAACGAGUUCUGAAAAAAUGAAAAGUUUUGCACUAAUUUUGGUGUUUUGCCUUGUCCUAAAUUGUUCCGUGUUUGUCAGUCAUGCUAAAUUUUACUUGCCGGAACCAAAUCAAAAAGAAAUUACGUCGAGAGGAUGGAAUUAUUCGGAAUUUGAGGGGAUCGAUGUAAUUUGGCGAUUUAGACAUAGUAUCCAAUUAGAAAUCAACGAGUUACAAAUGGACGGUCAAAGUGGCGACUUUCUCCUCAUUUCGGACCUUCCUCUUACGUUUGAGGACUAUUUCGACGAGUACAGCGGCACUGACGACAUGCCGACGGAUUUGCUGCCACACUCGAUCGUUACCUCGCAAGGGCUGCUCCUCUCCUGGGAACUUCAGCCAGGCUCAAAAUUUCAAAUUUUGAGCAAAUACGGAACCUUUGUUUACUUUCAUGCCGAGGGAAGCGUUCCUUCCAGGGGGUCAUUUGAGUAUAAAGGCUUCAACAUCACGGUCACAAAUUUGGACGAAGCUCGACUUCCUCCCUCCACAACAACAACGGAAGGGACGAAAGCCCCACCAGCACCGGAUGUUGAAAUUUAUACGUCCAAAUUUCUUCUGUAUCCACCAUUUCAAUUCAAAGAUAAAAAGGAAGCCUUUAAAGAAGCCAUUGCAGAAAUCGGGACGGAAUAUUGUACCGCAGAUCCGGCGUGUGGAGAUCUCUUGACAGAGAAUUUCACCUCAUCCGACGUCAACAUUCCGACGGAUCGUGGCCUCCACAUGUGCGACAUUAGUUGGGACACGUUCGAAAAUUGUGUCGAGGUGACGUUUGCGAUCACGCGGGAGGAAGACGUUGGAGGCUACAUCAUGCCAAAGUGGCGCCUCGACGACAUGUGGGUGAAAUUUGGCCAUCGUCUUGUCGACUUUGGUUUCACGCCGUACGACAAUCAUCCGAAAUCUUUGAAAAAUAUGGACACGUGGAUCUGGAUGGCGUCCUUUUUAGGAAUCAUGCUCUUCCUGAUGAUCCCCAUGUGCUUGUUCUGCAUCAUCCAUGAAGUCAGUACUACGAAACAUGUACCAAGUAACGUCGACCCAGACGAGAUGGAGAAGAAGGAAACGGAAACUUUGACGAAAAAUCCGUGGCGCGACUUGUCGAAUCCUAUUCGACCGAUUUUGGCGAAAUUGAAGCGACAAAGUGAAGACAAUAAGUAUUUAGAAGUCAGCAAUUCUGACACAAAUUCCAACAAUAUGAGCGAUCCUCCACCGUACAAGUCUCCGAAAACCAAAUCCAACGUGCUCUUCCAAGAACAAAACGUGGCUUUUGAAUAUGACAAUCGUGGAUAUCACGAGGACAGCGGGAUCGACGGGGAUGAAAGCGUCCCGUACGGUUUCAAUUUCAACAAUGGAAAUAACCGGGAUUUCAUGGACAUCGCGGAUGAAGAUGAAUUUCCGGAAGAAGACAGAUUUCUCAGAAUUGAAAGACACGCAAGGUUUGGUGAAAAUUCAGACACUGAAAUCUAAAUUUUGCUCUCGAUUUAAGAUGACGAACAUACUUUUUUAAUUUAUUUAUUGUUAAAAUAUAUAAAUCUAUUUACAUAAUAUUUAAUUAAUUGUGAAAUUCUAGCUCGUUUAAAUAAAUAAAUUUUCAAAAUCCGAAACAUAUACGAAUUUUUUCAAAAUUGAAAUUUUUUAUGCAUCAUGCAUCUUUCGUAAAGUUGUAAAACCAUUAAAAGAAAAUUAUUAUAAUGAAUCAAGUUAAUUGUUGGAAAAGUUUAAUUUUAGUGAACCAGGGUAUUUUUCGAUUCUCGAAAAGUUAUCAUAUUAACAGAAUUGUGAUGUGAAAAUUAUUAUAAUUGACGAAAUAAAAUGUUAUGUACAAGGUGACGAUAAAUAAUUAAA